CCCUCAUCUGUCUCUCCUCUCUCCCCAUUCCAUACUUAUUUUAAGCAUAUUAGAUCAGCAAAACCACUAUAUUACCUGCACUUUUAUAUUCUACUAUCUUUACUACCAUUCCAACAAAUAUGUCUGGAAACAUUGGAUGGGAUGAUGAAAUCGUUCUUCGCAAGCGCCCUGAAUAUGCCAAAGUGACGCGAACAACCGCCGAGAUUAACGAAGCCCGCCGCAGCGGUGGAGUGGUCGCUACAGAACGUAGGACUGUAUCGAAUGCAGGUCACGUUGGCGAGGAUUCUCGGAGGGUUGCCAAGGUCGCAGAAACGGAAGAUAUCAUUGCGCCCAAAUCGGUCCCUCUAAAUGUUGGGAUCGCCAUCGCCAAGGCCCGUAACGAAUUGGGGUUGAGCCAGAAAGAGUUGGGUGUCAAAGUGAAUGAGAAGCAGACAGUUAUUAAUGAUUAUGAAGCUAGCCGCGCAAUACCGAACCAACAGAUUCUCGGGAAGCUAGAGCGCGCGCUCGGAGUCAAGCUCCGUGGCAAGGAUAUUGGCUCAUCUCUAACUUUCGGCAAGAAUAGGACAUAA